GCAGGGUUUUCCGAUUCAUCACUGGCAAACCAUGGGUGCAAGCAGUGAAUAGAAAAGAGCAAAUCUGAUUCGGCUUCCGAACACUUACCGAAGAAACGUAUAAGUCAGGGGAUACCCCAAGAAUAAUGGAAACUUUGUUCGGAACAGGCAAACUCAGCCAGUCCUACUUCGAUUCCCUCGACAUCUCGGCGAAUGCAUCGGCUUUCUACGACUUCGACGUGAACGCGUCCACGUUCUUUGAUGCGGAGAGACAAUUUGAUUACAGGGAAAGUUUGCUGAAGGUGGAUCACUUGUAUGGGAAAUGGCUGCCACUCUUCUCCGUCAUCUACUUGAUGCUGAUAUUCGGUGGGAUGCGGGCAAUGAAAGCGAGGGCAGCGUUUCGUCUCACGAGGGCUCUCAGGAUUUGGAACUUUCUGCUCGCCGCAAUGAGCAUAGUUGGUACCUGGCGAACUCUCCCCGAAGCUUGGUCCGUCGUUAGCAAACAAGGAGCUUAUCCGGCAGUCUGCAUAUCAGCGUACUUCUUCAAAAAACAUGCCUCCGCCUUCUGGGCGCUGAUAUUCACGGUGUCCAAACUCUUCGAAUUCGGCGACACUUUCUUCCUCGUUGCCAGGAAACGACCAGUCAUCUUCCUGCACUGGUAUCACCACAUCUCCGUCAUGUUCUUCUCAUACUACUGCUUUCGCCACGCGAUCGCCGUUUCCCGAUGGUUCAUGGUCAUCAACUUUCUUGUCCACUCUGUCAUGUACUCGUAUUAUAUGGCACGUUCCAUGUCCAUUCGCGUUCCAAAGGUUGUUUCUAUGCUCAUAACGUCACUCCAAAUUUUCCAAAUGGUCGUUGCAUCGGGAACCAUAUUUCUGUCUAUGUAUUACAAGUACAUCGGACUCCCGUGCAGCAUCACUAUUCGCGAAGGAUGUGUAUUUUCUCUUCUUUACGGCAGCUAUUUCGUUCUUUUUGGAAAGUAUUUCGCGAAUACGUACAUCAGGAACUGGCAGGCCAAAAAAAUUCGGACCGAUUAAAUGUUUGAAUUGAAAAUUUCAUAAAGUUCCGUGUAAAUCGUAUCCAACUCGCCUUUAUUCCGAGAGAAAUUCGUUGACCCGAUUAUUGAGUACCAUAGAGGAUCACAUUUCAAUCAUUGACCAUGCCAACAACGAGUAAAAAGGGGCCGAGGAACUGACGGAAUAAUCGCCGGACGUUUUAUGGUACUGUAUUUAAUGGAAAAUUUUGUGAAGAACACGAACUACGUUACGCUGCGAACAUCUCGAAUUGUGAAGGAAGGUCAAUAUUCGCGCAAGACAAAAAUUGUAUGCUGGUUAAUCCGUGCGAUUUCAUUCACAACGGAUGAGAUGAAAAAUGACAUUUUUGAUGACCAA